UGCUCUUACAGUUCCUGUUCCCAGCGUCGUAGAGGCCAGAGCCAAAUUCAUUUUCAUGGCAAACCUAUUGGUUUUGUUGUGGUCCCUGGCGCUAGGAUGCUUAUUUUCAUUGACUGAUGCUGUUCUUGUGAACGAGAUAGGCAAAAAUGACUUUGCGUUGCAAUUAGUUGGACGUGUGCAACAAAUGCAUAUUGACCAUAGCACGACUAGCGUCUAUGUGUUGUCUGACCGUCAUUUUCUGGCUUCUCUUGGGCUUGAAAAUGGUGAAAUUAAAUGGAGACAACUGGUUUCGCCAGAAACGAGUGUUUUCGUAAACGAAGGUGCCAAUCUGUUAAUGACUUUGGAACGAGACUCAUUAAUUGCAUCUCUUUGGAACUCAAAAACAGGAAGUCUGUUAUUACAGAAGCAAGUUGACUGUGGCACUAAUGUUGUACCUACUUCUACAGGCUUUGCUUGUAUAAAUCAGGAUAUGCAUUCUGUGGCCGUUUUCAGCAAACAAAAUUCGACCUUUUCAGUGAAAAAUAUUGAUACUCCUACGGAGAUUAUCGGCGUUGGCGUCGAUGGUGAUGAUAUUUGGACUGUGUCUUUGGAAGAGGACGAUGUUCACGCUCUCCCUCUUGGUCAAUCAGCAGUACAUUCCAAAUCAUUACUUGCAAACGUGCCUGCAAGCAAACAUGAGAAGGGAUCUGAUUUAAAGAUUCACCUUCUUUGGCAAGGUCUUGUAAUUUGGAGCAAGGAAAACACAGUUUAUGCCCAACAACCGAUCAUUGAGAGUGAGCCUGUCAAAUUGUUUGAUGGUGCGUGGAAAUCAUUGAGACUGUGUGUUCACGACAACGUCCGUGCGUCUGUGGAUGUGUAUCUUUCUGAUGAGAACGACUCGGCUGUUUUUCUUUCAGUUUCAGUGGACGAACAAGGACGCCCUAUUGUAAUAAAUACCAGUGUAUUGCCAGUUGGUAAGCUUACUAGUUACACUUUCACUGAAAAUGGGCGUUACUCUGUUCAUGUUUUGGAAGAUGGCACGCUAGAGGCAUUUGCUGGAGACAAGCAAUUGUGGAAUCGCGAAGAAUCUAUGGCAUAUGUUGCUGAUUCGUUUAUGGUUGGAUUACCUGAACGAGACGAGCUUUCAAAACUCGUCCAGCAAGAAGAGUCUCAUUCCUUUCCUUUUUUCAGUCGUUUGAUGCGUCAUUUGAAGGCACUUCCACAGUUAUCGCUUACUAAAAUUAUGGAGCCCAAGGGACAGUCGGAUGCAUUUGACAGUAUCUUGAUCAUCGCCUCUACCACCGGUAAUUUGUUUGCUUUGGAUACAAGACAAAAUCAAAAGUCUUAUAUAUCGUGGAAGAAAGUAUUGGCUCCUUAUCCCUCAAACGUGCGUUCUUGGUUGCUCAACCCUGCUACUAGAGAUUACGACGUCGCAGUUGUUGCUUUCGUUGCAGAAUAUCCCAAUGAAACAAUUUACUUUGAGUUAAAUGCCUUUACAGGUGACAUUUUGUUUCAAGAACGUUUGCCUUAUACCCCAGAGGACUACUUUGUUAUUGAAAAUACGAACAAUGACACUCGGUCAGUUACGGUUGCUGCCGUGAAUAAUGCAGCAAUAGUGAUUACAAACAAGGGUCUUGAAGCCAACAGAUCCUUAUCAGACACUGUUUUUACGAGAACAAGAGACCAUAUUGUAAGUGGUCUUGUCCUUCAACCUGAUUUGACCUUUAUUGAGAAAUGGCGUUUCCCGUUUACUGAAGACGAGCAAGUCUUAAAGGUUGUGAAGCGAAACCCUAAAGAGAUGAUUCCUUCUGUAGCAAGAGUUUUGCACAACAGAAACGUCAUUUACAAGUACCUCGACCCGAACAUGAUAACCGUGUUCACGAAGCGUUCAAAUACGCUUCAUAUUUAUGUGUUAAACGCCGUUUCCGGCGCUCUUCUUUACUCUACAAAGCAUACCAAUUUACCUGAAUCCAUAAACCUUCAGGCUGUUAUGUCAGAAAAUUGGCUUUUGUAUAGCUUUUGGAGUGACGUUCCUAACUUGAGUACAAAGGUUGUUUCGGCUGAAUUCUUUGAAAGCGACAAACCAAAUGAAAAAUUGCCGCUUGAUAAUUAUGUUUCUGGAGACGUUAAUGCUUACGUUCCAUACGUUGUGACACAAUCAUACAUUAUGCCGAAGGAUAUCAUCUCUAUGGGACUGACAAACACCGCUCAAGGUAUCACAAGCCGGGAUGUGUUGCUUGGUCUGUCAACGCAACAAUUAGCCAUGCUUGCUCAACCCUACUUUAAUCCUCGACGUCCAUUACUGCCACCCAAAGCGAAGAAUAAGGAUUCUACUCUCAUUCCCUAUGAACCUGUUUUGCCGAUGGAAGACCAAACGGUGCUCUCAUACAAUUUACGUGUGUACAAUUUGACCCAAAUCUCAUCUCACCCUAGUGUUUAUGAAAGUACUACUUUGGUAUUCGCAUGUGGACAUGAUAUCUUUUAUACUAAGGUCGCACCAAGUUUGCCUUUUGAUAUGUUGAGUACCGCUUUUGAUAAAAGACAACUUUUGCUCACAACAUUUGCUAUCUUCCUCGGUGUAAUCUUUACACGGCCUAUGGUAAGAUUAAAGCUGCUGAAGCAAAAAUGGUAUUAGUGAAAAGGAACCCUUUAUGUAUCUUAGUCUUUUCCAUGUUUUUGAUGUUUGUUCGCUAGUACAGCAGAUGGAAAAAAUGUCUAUUUACCAGUCUUGUGUACCUCGUAUUCUAAUAGACUACUUCAUGAAUGAUAAAUGAAAAAUGAGCAGCAUGGUAAAUAUUCUUAAAAGAAAAUGAUAACUUUUUUUAAAACAAAAUCCUAAACAAAAUCGUACACUAAGUUUAUUCGCAAUUGAACACCAAAACUGUUUUAUCGUCCGAACCAGAAAUCACUUGUUUGCCGUCAGGCGCGACAGCCAUGCACAGGAUGGGUUCCUGAUGACCGCUAAUUUCUGCCAACAACUGUCCUGUACGAAUAUCCCAUUUUCGAAUAAUACAAUCGCCACAGGCAGUAAGCAAGUAGGGAGAGUUUGGAAUAAACUCGCACGAUACAACAGCUUCGCUAUGAGGUAAAGACUUUCUGAACUUCAAAGAAGCAGAGUCGUAUAACGCGACAGUGCCAUCAACACUUGCACAAGCAAAGAUGGGAAGAACUGGGCAAAGGGCGAUCUUCUCAACACUCUCCGUUUGUGUUUCCAAUGAUGCGAGAAUAGUGCGACUGUUAAGAUUCACAACCUUCACUUUACCAGAACUUCCGCCCAGAAACAGAACGUUACCCUCCUUAUUGGAAGUAAAACAAACCCAACCACCGGCGGUUUCUUCAUUUCCUGGAUCAAAACGUUGAUCAUCACUGGUCAAUCUGACUUCUGCCUCACCCGACGCAGGAUUCCAAACGAUAGCAGUACCCAUGUCAUCGACAGUAGCAAGACGCUUACCAACACCGGGUGGGAUAAAGGCGCCUGCAUUACAGGGUGCAGUGUGACUAUAGAAGACAUUGGCGACCUUACCAGAAGGCAAAGACCACAUCCAUACGCUACCGUCAUUGCAACCUGCUGCAAGGAAAUGACCCUUAGGAUGCCAUGAAAUCCAGAUAACUUCAUCGCUAGUCUCCAAAGCAGCGAUGAACUCACAGCCAGUGGACAUUUUCCAAACACGUAUUUGAGAGUCCAUACCACCUGUAGCGAUAUACUCGCCAUCAAAGCUCCAUUCAAUAGCAAUAAUAGAAUCGGUGUGACCAGUCAGAGUAUGCAGACGUUCACCGUUUGUACGAUCCCAGAUGUAAGCCAAGUCAUCUCCUCCUCCUGAAGCACACAUAUUGGGGUUGGAUUUGUUAAUGGCAACAGUGAAUACAGAAUCCUUGUGCUCAAAGAAGCCCUGAACAGACAUAUCAGGCACCAUGUCAACCAAGUUUUCGCCUUGGAAACCAUCAUCGUUGCCUUCACCCUCCUCGUCAAAAUCCUGCUGCAUGCUGUUUUGAUCUUCAGCAACUACUUCAUCGACUUCAUUAUCCUCAAUGAACUCGUCUGCGGGAACAUUUUCCUCUGCCAUUUUUUAUUUAUAUUUGUUUAUUAAAGCGAACCUGAUGGAGGUGUUGGUUCUGGUUGAGUUAAAUGUAUUCAGUAAAAAUUAAUGGGGAAGCAUUUAGUGUCUCAUACGUUAUGUUUCAAUGUAUAUUUUAUGAUUAGAGCUUUAAUGACUAAAUUGUUAACGUAGAAUUUGAAGAUUUUUUAUGUCUGAUUCAUCUAA